AUGUGCAAGUGUGCGGGCUGCUUCGCUGCCCCGAGCGGGCGGGGAGCCGGUCCGCUCCAGGUGGCCGGUGGCGGGAGCGAGGGAGCGGACAUGGACUUCGACUCGUACCAGCACUAUUUCUAUGAUUAUGACUGCGGAGAGGAUUUCUACCGCUCCACGGCGCCCAGCGAGGACAUCUGGAAGAAAUUCGAGCUGGUGCCGUCGCCCCCCACGUCGCCGCCCUGGAGCUCCGGUCCCGGCGACGGAGACGCGGGCCCUGGAAUUGGUCCUCCGGAGCCAUGGCCCGGAGGGGGCGCCGGGGACGAUGCAGAAUCCCGGGGUCACUCGAAAGCUUGGGGCAGGAACUACGCUUCCAUCAUCCGCCGAGACUGCAUGUGGAGCGGCUUCUCGGCCCGGGAACGGCUGGAGAGAGCGGUGAGCGACCGGCUCGCCGCUGGCGCGCCCCGGGGGAACCCGUCCAAGGCUCCCGCCGUCCCGGACAGCGCUCCCAGCCUCGAAGCCGGCAACCCGGCGCCCGCUGCCCCCUGUCCGCUGGGCGAGCCCAAGACCCAGGCCUGCUCGGGGUCCGAGAGCCCAAGUGACUCGGAGGGUGAAGAAAUUGACGUUGUGACAGUGGAGAAGAGGCAGUCCCUGGGUGUCCGGAAGCCGGUCACCAUCACAGUGCGAGCAGACCCUUUGGACCCCUGCAUGAAACACUUCCACAUCUCCAUCCAUCAACAACAGCACAACUAUGCGGCCCGUUUUCCUCCAGAAAGCUGCUCCCAAGGAGAGGCUCCAGAGCCAGGGCCCCAUGAAGACGGUCUGGAGAGAGAUGCACCGGAGGAAAAGGAAGAUGAGGCAGAUGAAGAAAUUGUGAGUCCCCCACCGGUAGAAAGCGAGCCUUCCCAGUCCUGCAACCCCAAACCUGUCAGUUCCGACACUGAGGACGUGACCAAGAGGAAGAACCAUAACUUCCUGGAGCGUAAAAGGCGGAAUGACCUCCGUUCCAGGUUCUUGGCCCUGAGGGACCAGGUCCCUACCCUGGCCACCUGCUCCAAGGCCCCCAAAGUAGUGAUCCUGAGCAAGGCCUUGGAAUACUUGCAAGCCCUAGUGGGAGCCGAGAAGAGGAUGGCUACGGAGAAAAGACAGCUCCGGUGUCGGCAGCAACAGCUGCAGAAGAGAAUCGCGUACCUCAGUGGCUACUAACUGACCAAAAAGUCUGACUGCUCUGUCUUCACGGAGACCCAAGUUUAUCUUUUAACCUCCCCUCUCCCCCUUAGGAAUUUGCACAUUUCGGUUCAGGUGGGGCGGCCUGGACAAUAGAUUCCCAGAAUGCAUUGCAGCCGGUGCACACACAAGAAGGGCUCGCAUUCUUGGAAACCUUGCAACGCGGCUCUGCCUCUGCCCUGACUUGCGGGAGCGCUGUGGCUUCUCUGGCGCCUUUGGCUUCUCAGGCGGGCAGCACUGAGGAGACUUGGGGUCUGUUGAGCUCACUAGCUCUGAAGAAAAGCCUGACAGAUGCUAUGCAACAGGUGGUGGACGUUGUCAGGGGGCUCCUGCCUGCAUGAAAUCUCACACUGCGGAUGAGCCUUGGACUGAGAAAGGAUGCUCCCACUGGUGUCUCUGGGGUGAUGCUAGGACAGCUGGGCCUGGACGCUCUCCCCAGGCUCCUUUUUCCAGGAGACAUACGAGCUGUCUUGAGUGAAGACGAGCUCUCAGACUUGAUCAACAGGGACCAUUACCUCACUGUCAGACACUUUACAGUAGCUGAGGAGUCGGAAACCUUUAACAUAUAUAUAUUCCCAUGUUCGUUGACACCCCCUCCUCCACUCUCCAUGCUGCGAUCUUGAGAAUUUUUAAAGAGCUUGGCCUUUUAGAUUCUUUGUCUCAAGACCCUCCCUGCCCUUUCCUCUGAGGGCAGAGACCAUCCCAUCCUCACCAGAAACUUUCGGUUUUCUUCCACCUUUGUUAUGCAAUGGGCUCUAAGGCCAUUUCCCACAGGUCAGAAAUACUUCCCCAGGACACAGGGCAAAGAGUCCCAGCCUGUGGCCGGGGGAAGGUUUGGAGUCCUGGCUGUGAACUUGUUCCCUGCCCAGGUGUUUUCCAUCUUGGAAAUCCUCUCAAAGCAGAUGUCAGGCACCUGAGGGGGAAGAGCUGUACCACUUCCUCUUUCCCACCUCCCUGUCAUUUCAACCUCUGACUGAUAAGUUUGAAGUUCUACUCAGUUCAGUUCAGUCGCUCAGUCGUGUCCGACUCUUUGCAACCUGAUGGACUGCAGCACACCAGGCCUCCCUGUCCAUCACCAACUUCCAGAGUUUACUCAAACUCAUGUCCAUUGAGUCGGUGAUGCUAGAACCAUACAAACUGUGCUUCUCUUGCAACUCCAAGGAGCUUGCUGUCUCUGUAGCCACCCUUGGGCCCUCUGCCAGCCUGACGUGAGUCAGAAUCCCAUUCCCAGAAUCUGGGCCUUAUUGCAGUUCUUACUGGGAGAGCUGCUGGGACUCAUCCAGUGCUCCAGAAGGCGGAUGAGCUUCCUGGUGGGUUUGUAAGAAGCUUCCAGGAGCUCUGCUCAGUGGACCAUGAUGGGUUUUACCCAACUGGGCUCAGCCUCUCCAGGUGGAUUCCAGGCACAGCCUCCAGUCUGAGAAAGUCACCUAACCCAACAAGUGUCAUGUGGGCAACUCUAAGUCUAGCCUGGAAGAAAGAUCGGCCCUUCCAGCACUAUGCUCAGGGCACCUGGUGCCUACUGGAUGGGGGUUUGAAAAUGGGGGAGGGAAGGAUGCUAGAGCACUAUAUGUGGCUCUGGGAAGCCAGCUGCUACUUCUAAACCUGUUAUGCAUGAUGGUCUGCUCCUGAGGUUGCUUCCUGGCCUCAGAGAACCCCAGUGGAACUUUGCAAAAAGCCCCCCGCUUCUGGAGCUUGGUUUUGGGGAGCCAACUGACUUCUGGAACUGUCUUUGGAGAACAGGUGGGAUGUAGGUUAUUGAUGUCUUACCUGAAGAGCUCGUGUUUUAUAAGCUGCUGUUGGGUAUUAUGCUGGGAGCAGUCUUUUUAAUACUGUAUUUUUGUAUGCCUUUUGCAAAGUGGUGUUAAUUGUUUUUGUACAAGAAAAAAAAACAACUCUGGGGCAUUUCUCCUAUUGCAAAAGUCUGAUUUAUUUUAAAAGGCAGAUUUACCUGAAA